AUGGGAGAUCUGCAGCAACUAUCAUCCAGGGUCCACGAACUAGAGCAUAGGCUCGUAGAAACCAGCAGGGAGGUUCGUGAGGUCAAAGACGAUGUCCGGGAGCUGCGACGCUUGCUGGAAUCGUAUUUCUCUAACAKGGAGAGGAAUCCAGAAGGGGCUGUAACCACAAACAGCCUCCAACCAGACUUGACGGAGCCGUCCGGCGAACAACAACAGCAGCAGCAGACUCUUCUUGGUCCACAGCAGCAGCAACACCCUCAGCCACCGCAACCAAACAACCAACAACAACAACAACUGCAGCAGCAGAAGCAACAACAUGAUCAACAACARCAACAGCAGCUUCUCCGAGCAGCUAUUACUAGUCCUAGUAUAGUUGCCCUGAAACUGGCCCCUAAGUCCUAUGGGCCCUUCAAGGUUCUAUGA